CAGACAUACCUUUUAUAUGGUAAUGACUGAUGUCUGUGCUGUAACUGAUCUAACGCGCUUAUGACAGUACAGUACAGAAAGAUGACCUGCACGAUUGUAUCGUUAGUGGACCAACCCACAUUUUGUUGCUCGAUAAGAAACACUUGGCAGCGGUGGUUUACCGGCCAUGAGUGACGCUGUAACACUACGAUUGUCUUUCAUUCAAUCCAGUGUGAGAGUUUAGGUUUAAAACAACUCUGAGCGCUGAGUUAUCUUGAACGCAAUUUUAUGAUCUGGCGUAAGCUGAAGGCAAACAAAGGUCCAUGAGGAAGCGCGAUCUUAACCGCAGCCACUGACGCGUCUGAUUGCGUCGUAACUGUUGUUGUCAAGGCAUAUUUCUUACUUGAGAUAAUAAUCGGGUUGUGUAGUCGGGACAUACACGACGAACGACAAUGUGCUCGGUAAUAACGAGGGUAAAACCAGUUCACCGGGCUCUGGCUCUCACGCUUCGCAUCAGAGCAAACACCGAAGGCUCGAGUUACGCAGCAGCCGAGAGCAGGCGCUUCUAUCACGGCGUAAGUACUGGCAACAGCCCGCUACGAGCUAUCGGCAGAUCGUAUUGCUCCAGGAUGGCGAUGACCGAAGGACUGCUCUUCAGACAGCUAUUUGAGUCUGAGAGUAGCACAUACACCUACCUGCUGGCAGACACAGAGACCAAGGAGGCGAUCCUCAUCGAUCCUGUACUGGAGACCAUUGACAGGGACCUGAAGCUCAUACAUGAACUGGUCGAUCUAAAAAUGGCAGUGAACACCCAUUGCCAUGCGGACCACAUCACAAGCACUGGGCUGAUGAAGAAAAGACUGGCUGGCCUGAAGAGUGCAAUCUCCAAAUUAAGCGGUGCCUCAGCAGAUAUCCACCUGUCAGAGGGAGACAAGAUCACAUUUGGAAAACAUUUUCUGACCGUGAGAGAGACACCGGGACAUACUGAUGGGUGUGUGACGCUGGUGUCAGGGGAUCAGAGCAUGGCUUUUACUGGAGACGCGCUGCUCAUCAGAGGCUGUGGCAGGACAGACUUCCAGCAAGGCAGUGCUAAGAAGCUGUACCAGUCAAUCCAUGGGAAGAUCUUUACUCUGCCAGACCAUUGCCUCAUCUACCCAGCACAUGACUACUUAGGUCAGACGGUGUCUACGGUCGGCGAGGAGCGCAAGUUUAACCCGCGCUUGACCAAGCGCUUGGAGGAGUUUGUGAAAAUCAUGGAUAACCUGAAUCUCCCCAAGCCUGCAAAAAUAGAUAUUUCAGUGCCUGCUAAUCUGGUUUGUGGAGUACACCAAGUCUGAAUGUCCUGCAGAAGGAAGACUUUUAUUCAAAUCAACUAAAUCAAAGCAAAGUGAUUAACAUUUAAGCAGGAUUAACUGAAAACUGAUUACCAUAAAGUGCUUUAUUAUGUGCAAUUGUGUAAAUGUAAAGACGUAAUUAGCUGAAUAGCUGUUGUCAAUUGGAGAAUGGCUACUGAUAUCAUUGUGAUCACAGUGAAAAUAAAUAUGAAAUCAGUUAUUUUUUUAACUGUUAGAAAUGAGUGCUAAAGAUCUGUACAUGAGGAAAAAACACUAUUACAAAAGUUUUUCUGGAUUUUGAAUAAAUUUAAAUGUGUGUAUUUUUUUUUACUCUA